AUGGAAUCUGAGGAGACUCGCGACCGAAAGCCACGACCCGAAGUUCCACAAUUGUCUGCUCCACUCAGUAGUACCAUUGAGGAUACUGGUGACUCAUUGCAUCUCGUCGACCAUGUCACGAAACGCUCAAAACACGCGCAUGUCAGCGAAGGCCAUGGUUACACACCAGAACCAUUGAACACAUUCAUUCGAGAGGCCAUGGAGACCUGCGAAGGAGACUCACAAUUCCUCCCACUCAACUGUUUGGACGAGGUCGUGACUAUCCCUAACAUUUGUCGGGAGCUCGAGUUAUCAAGUCCGAAUUUCGACUUGCAUUCGACUGCACUCCAGGUGUGGAAUUGCAAAACCUUGAGUAAUGGUGAAAUCACCACCCGGAGAAAGCUUUUCGUCAUUCUAUGUUUGAUGGAAAGGGCGCAGGAAAUCCAAGAAUUCAUCGAAGAGGGAAUUUAUGAUGCUGACCUGCCGUUCGAUUUCGAGCAAUUCGAAGGUAUUUGUCGAUCUAAACGACCGAUUAAACUCUUUACGAGUAAGAGCUGGAGACCGCAAGACAUAGAUUGCUUCAAGAUAUACCAAGGUCAAGUUACAUCACCGUACUUCAAGCUCAGCAACAGUACCAAACCGGGGUUCCUAGAGUACAAGCUGCAUCCAUGCGUCAAGCUGCCGUUCGUCGACAAUGAGAUCAAGCCUAGCACUGCUGAGAAUCCAGAGCUUCAGUCAGCGAUACGCCGAGAAGGAGGUUACUCCUUUGUACGUAAAGUCGUUAUACACUCGGCACAUUACGACCACAUCCGAGUCUCGGUGAGUCAACCAUUAGAAUUUGAUACAUCAAAGGCUGAUAUUGUCAAGACGGAUCAUUGUACCUCAGAGAAGAUGUGUUUCGCGGUCAAGGAGCUACGGAAACGCGACAAUGCAACGAACGACCAGAGUCACGAACUGGAUCGCGAGACUACGGCCUACAAGUACCUCAACGGCAGACGGCAUCCUCACAUAAUCCAGCUUCUAGCCACCUUUACACAACGAGGUCAUCUCAGCAUGAUCUUCCCAUGGGCUGACGGUAAUCUGUUGGAGUUCUGGCAGACUCACUACCCUGAGGUAUCCGGUCUUCCACGGAAUGCGGAUCUGGCGGAAUGGAUGACCGGACAACUCCUGGGCCUCGCAAAAGCUAUACGUUGUAUCCACCACUCCGAGGUCGAAGAAAUCGCCAGUUACGACGCUCCGGACCGGUCGAAGACGCACGGAAGGCAUGGAGACAUCAAACCAGAAAACAUGCUUUGGUUCAAGUGUAGCUGUGGCGGGUCUCAUUCACAUCGGCAAGGCAAAAUCGUAAUAUCGGACCUUGGAUCUACCGAAUUUCACGCUACACGUUCAAAAACGAUACCAGCAGAAGCAGCAGGCGGCUUUACACACACCUACAGGGCGCCGGAGUUCGACAAGACAAAGCGAGUAGCCCCUAAAGCCGAUAUCUGGUCGUUCGGUUGCGUGGUGUUGCAAUUCCUUGUCUGGUAUGUCCGUGGCUGGGAUGGGGUGAGUAGUUUCGCGCAAGCUCGAUCAGACGACUCGAACCUGAACUUCCACGCGGAUCAUUUCUUCAAUCUCGUUCUCAAAGACGAUGAUCAUAGCGAUGAUAUAGUGGUAGUGAAAGCCUCGGUCAUACAAGUGAGCAUAUCAUAUCCCUAUGCCAAGUCAGUUCACUGA